AUGACGACGGAGACUCGCACGGCCGCUGCCGGGCCCUCGCGCACCGCCCCUGUCGCCGAUCCGCUCGAGCAGAAGACGCUGCACAUCUUCGUCAGCCGCGCGCUGCAGAAGAUCCUCAGAGAGGCGCCAAAAAAGUACACCGAGCUGCGCAAGGCCUGCAUCGAAGUGAUCGAGGAGCUCAAGGCCGUCGGCGACGGCCAGCUGCCGGCGGAGGCGGACCUCGCGGCGCCGUCGCCGACCGGGCCCACGCCGAGCGCCGCGCAGCUGCAGCAGGCCGCGGCGGGCGCUGAGGCGGCUGCGGCGGUCGAGGCGGAGGAGGGCGGCGCUGGCGCCGAGGCCGCCGCCAUCCUCUCGCCGGCGCCGUCGGGCCGCGAGCCUGCGACGCCGAGCUUCUCCUCGCCGGACCACGACGCGGAUCCCGACGGGACGGCCGCCGCCGCGGCGCGCAUGGCCCUCGACGACGUCGCUCCCGUGCCGGGCACGGACCGCUACUUUGUGCCGCUUCGGCUCGCCUGCGAGUCAAAGCUGCCGCGCAUCAUGGAGGUGUCGCUGCACUGCAUCCAGAAGAUCAUCGCGUACGGGUACGUGCGCGGCAAGGUCGCGGGCGAGAAGCCCUUCGUGGACGUGGUGAUGGAGACCAUCUGCUCGUGCAAGGACGAGGAGGACAAGGAGGUGCAGCUGCAGAUUGUGCAGGCCGUCAACACCGCCGUCACCUCGGCCGUCACCGCGGUGCACGACACGACGCUGCUGCUCGCGGUCAAGACGUGCUUCUACAUCUACCUGGUCUCGAAGAACGGCACCAUCCAAAAGACCGCCAACGCCACGCUCACCCAGAUGCUCGACGUCGUCUUUGCGCGCCUCGAGUCGCCGGGCGCAUCUUCGAUGGCGCAGAAGGACGCGUUCCUCGUGUUUCGCUCGCUGUGCAAGCUCUCGAUGAAGCCGCUCCCCGAGCCGCUGCCCGCCGACGACUCGAUCGAGCUGCGCUCAAAGCUGCUCUCGCUGCAGCUCCUCUACUCGAUCAUCGCCUCCUCCGGCGAGCGCUUCCGCGGCGGCGAAAAGUUUGUGUGGGCCAUCCGGCAGUACCUCUGCCUCUCGCUGCUGAAGAAUGGCGUCUCGCCCAUCCCUGCCAUCCUGCAGCUCUCCCUCGACAUCUUCGUGACGCUGAUCAAGUACUUCAAGGCGCACCUCAAGUCGGAGAUCGGCGUCUUCUUCUCCAACAUCCUCCUCCGCAUCCUAGAGUCCUCAAACUCGUCGGGGCCGCAAAAGCGGCUCACCAUCCAGGCGCUGCGCGUGCUCGUCGCGGAGCCGCAGCUCAUGGUGGACCUGUUCCUCAACUACGACUGCGACCUCGAGGGGAAGGGCAUCUUCACCUCGAUGUGCGACGGCCUCUCGCGCCUCACCCUCACCCUGCAGGCCCUCUCCGAGACGACCGAGCAGGACGCGCAGCUCAAGCAGCUCGCGCUCGAGACGCUGGUCGCGAUCGCCGACUCGAUGGUCGCGUGGGAGCGCGACGUCAAGGCGGAGGGCGCCGGCGCGGCGGUGACGCCAGUGGGCCAGCGGCCGCCCUCGAUCGCCGACAGCAGCUCCGUGUCGAUGGUGGGGCCGGAGCCGUCGCCCGUGCACCGCGGCGGCGGCGAGGCUGCGGGCGAGGCGGGGCAGAGCCCGGGCGGCGGCGAGGCGGGCGGCGAGGUGACGGCGGUGGUUGCGUCGCGCGAGUCGGUGGACUUCGAGGCGAUGUUCCACCGCAAGCACGAGGUGCACGAGGGCGUCAUCAAGUUCAACAUGAAGCCGAAGCGCGGCAUCCGCUACCUGCGCGAAGUGUGCGGGCUCGAGGACACGCCGCAGGCCGUGGCGCGCUUCCUGCGCGAGACCGACGGGCUCGACAAGAGAGCCGUCGGCGACUACUUGGGCGAGGGCGAGGACUUUUGCAAGCAGGUGCUGUACGCUUACGUCGACUCGAUCGACUUUGCGAACCUCACGUUUGACCAGGCGCUGCGCCGCUUCCUCACGCACUUUUGGCUGCCGGGCGAGGCGCAGAAGAUUGACCGCAUGAUGGAGAAGUUCGCCGAGCGGUACUGCUCGCAGAACGAGGGCGUCUUCGCCAACGCGGACACGGCGUACGUGCUCGCCUACUCUCUCAUCAUGCUCAACACGGACGCGCACUCGUCGCAGAUCAAGAAAAAGAUGACGCAGCAGGAGUUUGUCAACAUGAACCGCGGCAUCAACGACUCUGGCGACCUGCCGACCCCCUUCCUCGAGUCGCUCUACCAGGCCAUCACGACCAACGAGAUCAAGAUCAAGGAGAUGAUGGAGCACGAGCGGCGCGCGGCGGCGGCGUCGAGCGACGCCGCGCGCACGUCGCGCUCGAAGCUCUUCAACCUCGAGUCGGCCAUCAUGGUCAAGGAGUCCCAGGAGCUCUUCAAGGCUAAGGCGCGCAAGCGUGCCGUGUACCACUCGUCGCGCAACGUCGAGCACGCGCGGCCGAUGUUCGAGGCCUGCUGGUGCGCGCUGCUCGCCUCAUGGUCCACAAUCAUGGAGGAGCGGUACGACGACGCCGUCCCCGUCGAGCUGGUCGCGCUGGUCAUGCGCGGGUUUGCCAACGCGGUGCACAUCGCCGCCGAGUUUGGGAUGGCGACGGAGCGCGACGCCUUCGUGACGAUGCUCGCAAAGUACACCUACCUCGACUCUGGCAAGACGAUGGGCGGCCGCAACAUCGAGGCCUUCAAGACCAUCCUCUCGCUCGCGCUCACCGAUGGGGACCACCUCGGCGGGGCCUGGGCGCAGGUGCUCAAGUGUCUCUCCGAGUUCCAGCGGCUGCACAUGAUCGGCACCGGCGCAAAGACCGACGCGUCCAUCUUCUUCCCGGCGGCGCGCGCCGGCGCCAACGGCGCCGCCGGCCUGCCGCCGCCCGGCGCGCCGGGCCUCGUCUCUCCGCCAUCGGGCCGGCUCACCGCGAGGCAGCAGUCCAUCCUGAUCCAGCCGGCGCGCGUGCGAAACUCGUCCAAGGACGCGGAGGUGGAGGCGGUCAACUCUGCGACGAUGGUGGACAGCGUGGACGUGGUCGCGAUCGACCGCAUCUUUUCGGGCUCGGCGCAGCUCAACGCGGACGCCAUCGUCGAGUUCGUCACGCACUUGUGCGCCGUCUCGCGCGAGGAGCUCGACGCGGCGGGCGACCCGCAGGUGUACUCGCUGCAGAAGAUCGUCGAGGUUGCGUACUACAACAUGUCGCGCGUGCGGCUCGUGUGGGCCCGCAUCUGGGAGGUGCUCUCCGAGUUCUUCGCCGAGGUGGGGCAGCACCCCAACCUCUCGAUCGCAAUGUACGCCGUCGACUCUCUGCGCCAGCUGGCAACCAAGUUUCUGGAGCGCGAGGAGCUGCUCAACUACCAGUUCCAGCGCGAGUUCCUCAAGCCCUUCCAGGACCUGAUGGGUGCCGCUAAGUCGGUCGAGGUGCGCGACCUGAUUCUCGUCUGCCUCGGCCACAUGGUCCAGUCGCGCGCGCGCUCGAUCCGCUCCGGCUGGUCGUCGCUGUUUGGCGUCCUCUCCCUCGCCGCCGCCGACCCGCUCUCCUCGGUGGCAAAGGCGGGCUUCGACCUCGCCAGAGACACCGUCAGAGAGCACUUUGCCCUCAUCGGCGACCACCACGCGGAGGGAGUCAGCUGCAUCGCGGGCUACUUGCGCCAGCGGCCGCACGUCGACAUCGCCCUCUCCGCCGCGCACUGCCUCGCCGACUAUGCGAAGCUGCUGCACGCCGCCGCCGCCGCAGACGGCGCCACGGGGGCCGCGGCGGGCGGCGCGGCGGGCGGCGCGGCGGGCGGCGAGCCGGCGCCGGCGGGCGGCGAGGGCGGGGGCGGCUCCCCGGCGCCGCUCGACCUCGGUCCCGCGGAGAGGUUGUGGUGGCCGCUCCUCGAGUCGCUGGCCGAGGCGGUCGGCACGCACCCCAAGCCGGCGGUGCGCGCCGCCGCGCUGUCGGCGCUCUUUGGGUGCGCGGACGUCGAGCUCGCGCCGGGCGGCGCGCUGCACUCGCCGCUGGGCGUGCGCGCCUUUGGGGAGCUCGUCCUGCCGAUCUUCGCCGCCGCGCCGUCCGAGUCGGGCCCCCCGCUGACGGCGCACCAGGCGGCGUGGGUCGACGAGACGGGAGUGCCGGCGCUGUCGGCGCUCGAGCGGUCGUUUUGCGCGCAGCACAGCCUGCUCGCGCCGCUGUGCGAGGACGUGAUCGCGCUGCUCGCCCGCUGCCUGCAGCAGCCGCACCACGCGACUCUCUCGCAGGUCGCCGCCGAGUCUCUGCUGCAGCUCGUCCGCGAGACGGGCGCCACAUUCUCGCAAGAGACGUGGGCGCGCGUCUGCGCCGAGCUCAAGUCGUGCUUCGACGCGUCGGCGGGCGAGGCGUACGACGGCGCGCCGCCGCCGCCGGCGGACGGCGUCGCCGCGUCGCCGCUGCUGCGCGAGGUUUCGGCGAAGGUGGAGGCGGAGGCGCCGGAGGGCUCGGGGCCGCACGAGCUGCAGGUGCUGCUGCUCUCGACGGUGUACCAGCUGCUGCAGUCGAUGUACCCGUCGAUGAAGCUGGCUGACGUGGAGGGGCUGCUCAACUGCAUGCACGCGAUGUACGACAAGGCGUCGCGCACGCUGCAGGCGGCGCUCGACGGAGAGGCGGCGCCGCCGCCGGCCGAGCUCGGUGAGGCGGUGCACCUGCGGCUCGAGGCGAUGUCGUACUACCUCCAGGUCCUCUUCUCGCUGCACGACAAGCUCGAGCCCGCGGCGCAGGCCGGCACGCCCAAGCGGGGCGCGCCGCCGCCGCCGCUCGGCUCGGCAGGGCACGUGCAGCUGAUCGCCGCCGCCGCAGAAUACCGCCUCGUCUCCUUUUGCCUGCACGUGCUGCGCGACUACCUGCGGUUGCGCGAGCGGUCCGUCGGGGGCGCCGACGGGGCCGCGCGCGAGCUCUGCGCCACCGCGCUGGCCGAGAUGACGCCGAACGUCGUGACGCUGCUGCAGGGCCUGCUCGCCUUUUCGGGGCCGCAGUUCGGCAAGCACUUGCCCGCCUUUUACCCGCUGCUCGCCGACCUCAUCCACUGCGAGUCGCCGCAGAUCGCCGCCGUCCUGCGCGAGCUCUUUGCGCAGCGCGUCGCGCCGCACUUGCAGGCGGAGGCGAGCUGAGGGCGGCCGCCACGGUGGGGCGGGGUGCGCGGGCGGCGGCUGCCGCUGACGGCCGCGAUGGUUCCGCCGGGCUGAGCCGUGAGCCCCCCGGGGCGCGGGGGCGAGAGAGAGAGUACGCAGGGCGCGGUGUGUGUCCGAGGGAGCCGCACCCCGGAGUGUCGUUUUCGCCAUAUUGGUUUUUAGAUUUUGGCACAGCACUC